AAGUUCACACACCCGCUGGCUGUGUAAGCAGAGUUUGGGUUAAAUAGGCUGUUCCAGCGUGUUUUUGCGUGGCCCGAACUUUUGUUUUGCUUUGGAUGGUCGGACCGACUUUUGAUCAACUUUGUAUCUUUUCUCCUGUCAGCAGGGACUGCAGGAAACUUUUUAAAAUACUUUGUGAACAUUUACCGGCUUUGUUCCCUCUCUAUCCGGAUAGAUUCUUGUGGAUGGCGCGGUUUAACCAAGAUGGACACGGGCUGUCUGCCGGUUGGAGACUAGAUAACGCCUUUACCCUUUAAAUUUAGACUUUAUUUAACUGUCUACUGUAAACGUUGUAGCCUUUUUAUCAACUGGAUGUAACCAGACUGGGUCAUUUCCACCCCAGAGGUUACGUCCUAUAAUGAACAUUUUCCCACUGAAGUGUCGGUGAACUUUUCCCACGACUCGCCAUGUCGGGAGUGGUCCGCACCCUGAGCCGCUGCCUGCUCCCGUCUGACGCCAGCCGGGACGCGGGCAGCAGCAAGGAGAGGAGCCGGGAGAGUGACGCGGCGCAGGAGCGGGAGGCGCGGCGCAGGAGCCGGGAGAUAGACGCGAUGCUCGCCCGGGAGAGGAGAGCCGUCCGGCGGCUGGUGAAGAUCCUCCUGCUCGGAGCCGGAGAGAGCGGAAAGUCCACAUUCCUCAAACAGAUGCGCAUUAUUAACGGACAAGAGUUUGAUAAAAAAGCACUUCUGGAUUUCCGGGACACUAUCUAUGAGAAUAUACUGAAGGGCAUGCGUGUGCUGGUAGACGCCCGGGACAAGCUGGGCAUCAGCUGGCAGAGCUGUGAGAACGAGAAGCAGGGCAUGCUGGUGAUGUCGUGGGAGGGACGUGUGGGCGGCUCAGGGGUCGAGCCAAGUGAAUUUCAGCUGUAUGUGAUGGCACUGAGCACACUCUGGGCAGACACCGGCAUACAGGAGGCCUACGCACGACGCUCCGAGUUCCAACUGAGUGAGUCAGUCAAGUACUUCCUGGAUAACUUGGAUCGUAUUGGUCAACUGAAUUUUAUCCCAAGCAAGCAGGACAUUUUGUUUGCAAGGAAGGCGACUAAAGGCAUUGUCGAGCAUGACUUCAUCAUCAAGAAGAUUCCUUUCAAGAUGGUGGAUGUCGGAGGGCAGAGGUCUCAGAGGCAGAAGUGGUUUCAGUGUUUCGACGGGAUCACAUCGAUACUCUUCAUGGUUUCAUCAUCAGAGUACGAUCAGGUCUUGAUGGAGGAUCGAAGGACAAACCGUCUGGUGGAGAGUAUGAAUAUCUUUGAGACGAUCGUCAACAACAAGCUUUUCCUCAACGUGUCCAUCAUUCUCUUCCUCAACAAAACGGACCUGCUGGUGGAAAAGAUUCGCACGGUGGACAUCCGCAAGAACUUUCCAGAAUACAGAGGAGACCCGCGCAGGCUAGAGGAUGUACAGGCGUUCUUGGUGCAGUCGUUUAGCCGUAAGAGGAGAAACCGGGGGAAGCCGCUCUUCCACCACUUCACCACUGCAGUAGACACAGAAAAUAUCCGUUUUGUCUUUCACGCCGUCAAGGACACCAUCUUGCAGGAAAACCUCAAAGAUAUCAUGCUGCAGUGACCUUCACAGUGCAGACGACAGCUUCUCUGACUGUAAAAUGUGAAACCAGCCACAAAUCCAGGGCUGGAGGACUACAGAGCAGGCCUGUUUUUGUUCUAGCUAAUGACUGCAUAUUAACACUGACCUGUGGAGCAUCCAGUUGACUCACAAUGUGGAUUCAACUGAACUUUGAACUCUGAACCUGUGGAGCCAUGAAUUGACUCUGGACCUGUUGGCCUAUGUUGGCCCCUGUGGAAACUGUGAGGCUCAUAGAGGACCAGAUCUUGCAUUUAAUCUGUAUAAAUGUAUGUAUGCUGGAAAAACCGUCACCUUCUCCUUCUUUUAGCUCUCAAGUGUAAAGAAAAAAAUAGAGAAAAGAACCAAUGAGCAUGACAUGAGCACUGAAAGUGUCUUUUUUUUUUUUCUCAAAUGACAACCCUGUCACUAAACUAAGCCAGACUGCUGCCAGUUGGAAAGUAGCGAGAUCAAGCUGUGUGAGUAAGAAGUUGGAGUGAGGAAAGAAAGGAAACAUAAGGAAGAAAGAAAGUUUAAAACAAGCUGAAAAAUGCUCUGUCCCAAUGUACACGUGACAGAGGGAGAGUGGUGAAGGUUUGGGCCCGUUCUGGUCAUAUGCUGUGUUAUGUGAUAAGGUUGCACAAGACUUCCUCUUGAUGAACUUUAACAGAGGAAAGAGAUGAAUCUCUCUCUCUCUGCUCCCCGCUCUCUCCCAUGCUGUCUUUAUGUCUCUCUCUCUUUACCUCUCCUUCACUGCUUGUGUUUAUCCUCCUACUCCCGCCAUCAUACAAGAGAGGAACAGCUGCAGAUAACCAGUCUUACCCUCUCCUCUCUGGCACAAUAGACAGAUUGUACGUCUCCUCCCUCUCCAGCAAGAGACGGUCAAAUUAGCGACUCUUCUUAGUUUACAGAAACACACACCUCCUGGUCUUGCACAAAUUACGUUUAAUCUCUUUCGCUAUGCAUUUCUUCUAUUUUCCCACCAACAUCCCUUUAGAAGCACUACAAUAGACUAGACUUGCCUGAGGCAUAUUAUAAGUACCCCAUUUACAGGAAGGCUGUGGUAUAUGGUUACACUACUUGUUCCUGUUCUUUUGUCCUGUAAACGUGAAGGGAACAGCAGAGAAUGACAGGGUUGAACUGUAAAUGACCUUAUUCUUACAUGGCCGGUGGCCAUUUUGGACUUCUGUAGCAGUCAGAGCAGGAUGUCUACCUAGAGGACUGGCACAAAACAUUAAAACUAGCCAGACUGAACAAUAACACAGGGAAGUUUGCAGAUGAUACACAAUGAGUUUCUUUCCUUCAACAAGUCAGGUAUUUUCUAUAUCAGGACACCCCUAAGUUUAUUACCACGCUAAUACCAUAGAGAACCAAUCGUCAUUUAUAUUAAAUUAGUUUGUACUCAUUUAAGCCACUGGUCGCGUCUAGUGCUUUAUCAAUUAGUUGAUUAAUGGAUGAUUCAAUUGAUUGAAAAUUAAUCAGCAACAGUUUUGAUUAAUUUAUCAAGAAAACAUGCUGUUUCCAGCUUCUCAAAUGUGACAAUUUGCUGUGGUUUUUUUCUGUGUUAUAAUAUUGGGAGCUUAAUGGGUUUGAAUUUUGGACUGUUUGUUGGGCAAAGCAGGUAAUUUCAAGAUGUCAUUUUAAAGCUGCACAUGUCGAUAUUUUUAUAUUAACAAUAGAACAAUGAUUGUGUUUAAUGUGAAAGCGGUCGCUCAUAGUGAUGAAUUCACAGGGAUUAUUAUUCAACUCUGCAGUUCCUUCAGAUGUUCAGACAUUUUCAGCUCAGUGUUUUGGUUUUGCGGUCCACCACUCGGUUCUCUCAAACAGUGCCCAGCUGUUUUCAGCAAUAAACCCACGCUACACUACCUGUCCAGCACCAAACAGCAGGCAGACAAAGUCAGCAGCUAACUGGUGAAAAUAAUGGAGCAGCUAAAGAGCCAGCUCUUUACCUCAGAAGUUGGUCUGAAAAUUGGUUUUAAAUUCAUGACGUGACCACAAACACAAUUCCAAAUUAAUGUUGCUCUUUUAUAAUAAUCAACGACUGCUUUCUAAUACGCUAGCUAUAUCAACUUUAUAUGGUGAUAGGACCCUCUGAAUAAUAAACUCACAUAACCAGGCGUUACAACAGAGGCCACAGAGCAUAUGUCACUGUUGUGGUUACAGCUUGCUGCGAUGCCCCCAGGCAGCCAAUAAAAUCACUUAAUGCAGGUUAAAGACUUAAAGACUAAACGAUUAAUCAAAACAAUAACCAACAGAUGAAUCACUAAUGAAAGAUAAUCACUAGUUGCAGCCCUGUUUCACCAGUGAGAGUUAGCUGGUAAUGUAGCAUAAAGAAAAAGCACUAUUGCUAUGGUUACUUGCAGUAUAAUAAAAUAAUAGUGAAAAUACUUAUUGUGCACUGAUUUAUGAUGGUGGUAAAACUGUUAAGCAGAACUAUGAGAAGUCCUGUUAUGUGAUUUUAAUAGAUGCUUGCCAACCAACCAGAAGCAUUUAUUUUCAAAAUAUGUUCAAUUUGAAACCACAUCCUUCCUUGGAUUCUUUAAAUCAGUUUCUUUCUAAUAUGUUCUCAAGUGGAGAAUCUAUGAAAUGAAAAAUGUUGAUUUGAUUCCCAACAUGCAUUUUGGUACGCAGCAGUAGGACACAGCUGGGCUGCUCCUCCCACCCCGAGUUUUAAAUCCAAAUGGCCUCGAGGGGAAUGAGGCUAAUCAUGAGCACUUCCACAUGCCUUAUUAUAAUACUGUAUUAAACUGUGUAAUUUGUAUGUGCUUUUGUGUGUUUCCAUAGUGAUUUAUGGUCCUUUUGUGCAUGUUCAUACAUCUUGUACAUAGAAUAAUGUAUGUAGUGUCAGACAAAAGUAUUUGACUGACACUGUGUGUACUGUGGUAACCUUACAAUACAAACACCACUCUGUCUAACACUAUCACUGUAACUGUAACGUUUGUUGUUAACUAUAACCUACCUUUUACACUUAUACAAGUUUUUUGUAAGUGUCAUUGCACUGUGUCCAAGAGAAAACGACCAGAAAGAAAAACGUCGGGGGGGGGGGGGGAUGAAACAAAGAAACAGGCGACAGACUUUUAAAUGGGAGCAGGAUGGAGGCAGGGGAUUAAAAGAGGAAGGUCUGCUGCUUUUGUUUUUUGUUUCCCAGUGCCUUGGCACUCUGUGCUCUGUGGUGAAAUACACUGCCGUUUGCUGA